AUGAAGACCGCUGUUCUCUCUGUCCUAGCCAGCGGUGCCGCUGCUCAGGUCACCCUGGGCUCUUUGGGUGCGCUGGGCCUCGGCCCUGGACUCUUCCACAACGCUGCCAUCAACCCCAGCGAUCCUGAAUACGCAACCUGCCAGGACGCUGUCUCACUCGUUCAGAAAUGUGUUUCCUCUGCUGGUGGUUUGAACGCUGCCCCCACUGCUGAUGCUGAUGCUCUCGUCGCCUGCGCUUGCUGUGACGGCAGCGAGAACGCCGCUCCUCUGUACUCAGUCUGCUCCAGCUAUCUCGAGGAAGAGGCCCCCGAGAACACCUCUCAAUACCAAGCUUAUGGCACUCUGUACAGCGCGUGCAAAAUCGGUGGCGCCAAAUGCACUGGUGGCAGUGGUAGUGGUAGCGGCGGCAGUGCUUCAAGCCGUCCUACAGCAACGGUUGGCGACAGCGAUGAUGACCGCUCAACCAUCACCACCCAGACUAGCCCUGCUCAACAGACAUAUGCUUCAGCCUGUGUAGAUAUGCUGGAUAUCUUCACCUCUUGCACAGCCCAGGACCGCGAUUUCACAAAGCUGCCCUUCAAGGAGCAGGCCGAGUGCUACUGCUGUCGAGGCUCCGGUAACGAACUCACCUGGACCGAUGCCAUGGACAAGCAUGCCCAAACUUGCGCUGACUGGGCACGCACUGGCGAGCCCAAGACCGCCUACUCAGUCGCCAAGACCUUUGCAACCUUCUGCGAGCGCUUCUCCAAUGUUUGCGAGUUUGCUGGGGCCAAGACUCAGGCAUCCGAUUCUGAGCCCACCGAGGCCACCGCAACUGAAAGCUCCAGCUCCCGCCAGACCGAUGCUUCCAGUGAUGACAGUGAUAACAAUGACAACAACGAUAACGACGAUGCCAGCAACAGGGACGGUCCUCCCACUGUUACUGUUACUGCUCCUGCUCAGUCCAGUCAGACCGAUGCCGGCAGUGAUGCCACUUCUGCUCACGCUGGCGUUGGUGCCAUCUUGGCUGCAUUUGCUGCUCUCGCCAUUGCUCUAUAG